AUGUGGGCAGCUCUGAGAUCUCGUUCUCUUCCUCUUUCACCAUCAUGUUCCUCGUUUAUUCAACAAUGGAGGUUAGGGUUGUCGAAUCUCAAUCGCACGCUAUGUUCGGUGUUGACUGAGACAACUGAUAUCGGUGACAACAAAGGCUUACUGGACCUGCAAGAGGUCGAGAAAGUUCUCAGCGAUGUUAAAGCAGACAACAUCACAGUCAUUCCCGUUAAAAAGCACUGCGAUUUCGCCGACUUCAUGAUCGUCGCCACCGGUCGAUCCCCUUGGCACGUCCGCAAUAUAGCUCAAGCCCUAAUUUACAAGGCAGGCACAUUGAUAGUUCAUGCUCUUGAUGAGAAAGUGAGAGCUUAUUACAAUUUGGAGAGGCUUUGGACCGCAGAGACAUCAAACAAAGAACAAACUCAGGAAUUGGAGAAGGCUUUCGUGAAGGUGCGCCGCAAGAAUAACUCUAAAAAACCUGUGCAGUCAAAUGGUUAG